UCUUCAUUGCUGCAUGCAGGCUUUCUCUAGUUGCAGCGAAUGGGGGCUACUCUUCAUUGCAGAGCGCAGGCUUCUCAUUGCGUUGGCUUCUCUUGUUGUGGAGCACGGGCUGUAGGUGUGCGGCUUCAGUAGUUGCAGCACGUGGGCUCAGUAGUUGUGGCUUGCAGGCUCUAGAGCGCAGGCUCAGUAGUUGUGCUGCACAGGCUUAGUUGCUCCAUGGCAUGUGGGAUCUUCCUGGACCAAGGCUCGAACCCGUGUCCCCUGCAUUGUCAGGCGGAUUCUUAAUCACUGUGCCACCAGGGAAGCCCCAACAGCAGUAAUUUAUUGCUCACAGUUCUGUAGGCUGAAAGUCCAAAAUCAGGGUAACAGGUGGUAAGGUUCUGGUGAAGACCCUCUUCCAGGUUGCAGACUUCUGACUUCUCACUGUGUCCUCACAUGGUAGAAGGGGUGAGGGAUCUCUCAAUACACACCUGUGUCCUCCGGAGUCCGCUGUUCUGCGCCCAGUACAGCCCCAGAGCUUUCUCAAACCUGAAGUGCCUGCAACACUUUGCAAGGACACAGUGGAGGGAGCACGUCAGCGCUCCGACUUCCUCCCGACGCCGCCUCUGAUUGGCUCCUGGACAUGUAAGAAACCGGUGAAUGAGCGGCUGGUCCUCGCAGAAACUUGCUUGAGGUCUUUGGUGGAAUUGCCCUUUCCUCCUCGUCAACCCGGCAGACCAGCCGAUCCGGGGGAGGAUGAGGUCGUCGUGUGUCCUGCUCACCGCCCUGGUGGCGCUGGCCGCCUAUUACAUCUACAUCCCCCUGCCAAGCUCCGUGUCCGACCCCUGGAAGCUGAUGCUGCUGGACGCCACUUUCCGGAGCGCACAGCAAGUGAGUAACCUGAUACACUACUUGGGCCUCAGCCAUCAUCUGCUCACGCUGAACUUCAUCAUCAUUUCUUUUGGCAAGAAAAGCGCAUGGUCGUCUGCUCAGGUGAAAGUAACAGACACUGACUUUGACGGUGUGGAAGUCAGAGUGUUUGAAGGCUCUGCAAAGCCAGAAGUGCCGCUGAAACGCAGCGUUGUUUACAUUCACGGAGGAGGCUGGGCCUUGGCAAGCGCAAAAAUCAGAUAUUAUGAUGAACUGUGUAAAGCAAUGGCUGAGGAAUUGAAUGCUGUCAUUGUCUCCAUUGAAUACAGGCUAGUUCCAAAGGUUUAUUUUCCUGAGCAAAUUCAUGAUGUUAUACGUGCCACAAAGUACUUCCUGCAGCCAGAAGUCUUACACAAGUAUUCCGUUGACCCAGGCAGAAUCGGCGUUUCUGGUGACAGUGCUGGUGGGAAUUUGGCGGCUGCCCUGGGCCAACAGUUUAAUCAAGAUGCCAACCUAAAAAACAAGCUCAAAGUGCAAGCUUUAAUUUAUCCAGUUCUUCAGGCUUUAGAUUUUAACACACCCUCUUAUCAGCAAAAUGUGAACACCCCCAUCCUGCCCCGUUAUGUCAUGGUGAAGUACUGGGUGGACUACUUCAACGGCAACUAUGACUUUGUCCAGGCAAUGAUAGUUAACAAUCACACUUCACUUGAUGUGGAAGAGGCUGCUGCCCUCAGGGCCCAUCUAAACUGGACAUCCCUCUUGCCCGCAUCCAUCACAAAGAACUACAAGCCUGUCAUGCAGACCACCGGCAACACCAGGAUCGUCCAGGAGAUCCCUCAGCUGCUGGAUGCCCGCUCAGCCCCACUCAUCGCAGACCAGGAAGUCCUGCAGCACCUCCCAAAGACCUAUAUUCUAACCUGUGAGCACGAUGUCCUAAGAGACGAUGGAAUCAUGUAUGCAAAGCGUUUGGAGAGUGCAGGUGUGGAGGUGACCCUUGAUCACUUUGAGGAUGGCUUCCACGGAUGCAUGAUUUUCACCAGCUGGCCUACCAACUUCUCAGUGGGAAUUCGGACUAGGAAUAGUUACAUCAAGUGGCUGGAUCAAAACCUGUAAAGGAGUGAAAUUUCUAAAAGGCUUGAGCCCCUCUUGAUCUCCUGCACCUGUCCUGGAAAGACGUUCACUCUUUAGUUGACUAAUUUUCCCUCAUUACUUGAGUUAUGGAAUUUCUAUUCCCUGCAGACUUUGUGUUAAUUUAAUUUUAAAAAAUGCUUUUGAG